AUGUCACCCUAUUUACUUUGGUUUUUAACGUCGUUAAUUCCGGCUAAUUGGGCCGUCUCCUGUCCGUGUGAGAGAGAUGAUUUAUGCAAUCAAAUACGCGACGAAAGGGAUUUCGAGGUGUUUGUGUUCGACGUGGGUGGGAAGAAAUGGAAGUCGUACAACUGGAGUGUGGUGACCACGGUGGCCACAUUUGGAAAAUACGACGCAGAACUUAUGUGUCAUGCUCAUGCUGAAGGAGCACGGGUUGUACUCAAAGGCGAUGUUCACCUCGCUUACAUUGUGGACCAAAACAACAGGACAGAUUGGAUAACGGAGAAAGUCAACCUCGCCAAAAGUCAGUUCAUGGAUGGGAUCAACAUCGACAUUGAACAAGCAGUCGAAGAAGGCUCGCCUGAGUACUUUGCCCUAACAGAUCUGGUCAAAGAGACUACACAGGCUUUCCACAGGGAGAUCCCUGGUUCUCAGGUGUCCUUCGAUGUCGCCUGGUCACCCAAAUGUAUCGACAAACGUUGCUAUGACUACGUUAGCAUUGCCGACUCCUGCGAUUUGCUGUUUGUGAUGUCCUACGAUGAGCAGAGUCAGAUACUAGGGGACUGUAUUGCCAUGGCUAAUGCCCCCGUCACUCAAACGCUUAAUGCUUAUGACCAGUAUUUGAAUUUAAAGAUAGCUCCAAAGAAGUUAGUGAUGGGUGUUCCAUGGUAUGGCUAUGACUACCCAUGUCUCAACCUUUCACAGGAUGGCAUCUGCUCUAUUGCCAAAGUGCCAUUCCGUGGCACGCCGUGUAGUGAUGCUGCUGGAAAACAGCAAGCGUACAGCUGGAUCAUGAAGCAGGUCAAUGGCUCAUUGACCGGCCGCCUGUGGGACAGCAAGCAGCAGGCGCCGUACUUCAAUUACGAGGAUGCUGACGGACAAAUUCACCAGGUUUGGUAUGAUGAUCCAGAGAGUGUUUGCCAAAAGACAGACUAUGUGAAAUCUAAAGGUUUGAGGGGAGUGGGCAUGUGGAACGGCAACAUUUUAAACUACAGCGACGAUCCGGUUGCCAAGCAGCAGACCACAAUGAUGUGGAACGCUCUAUUUGGAUGCGAUCUGGCCUGA